AGCAAAAUUUCGACUCUGCCGCUAUUAUCCGUAGAGUGUGUGUUGUUUGUAUUGAGGCUAUUUAGUGAAACAGAAUAAAUUGUUACUUGAAUUGCUCAAUCAUUUCAGUGAAACGUCUCAACGUAAACACAACUAAAUUUAAGUUUUACUGUUGUAUCAACGCACUUCAAGCAAAAGUGAUCAUAGUCUGGACAGCUGCCAUAUAUAGUGAAGUGCGUUGAUUGUACACAAAAGUUCCCUUGCGAACAGUUUUCUGACCCAGAGUCUGGCUACAUUUUUGUGUCUUCGAAACAAUAUGACCCACUUUUACGAAGAUUUGCAGCGGAUUACUAUUGGAACGUUAACAUUUCUUACAAUUUUCUUCGUUUUUGUGGGUUCCGGUCCGAUCUUAAUUGUCUUCUUGAUCGUGGGAAACACUUACAUAAAAGCAGUUAUUUUGCUGUAUGUGGUGUGGUAUAUUUUUGAAUGCGUACAGAAUGUAACGGAUCAAGGUGGAAGGAGGACUUGUCAGUGGGUGAGAAAUUGGGGCUUGUGGAAAUGGUUUCUCAAUUACUUUCCGGUCAAUUUAGUUAAGACAGCCGAUCUGCCACCGGAUCGAAAUUAUCUCGUUUGCAUCUUUCCACACGGAUGGUUGAGCAUCGGUGCGUUCCUGAUUUUCGCUUCAAAUCAUUCGAAAUGGUCUACACUAUUCCCAGGAAUCCGGCCAAGGUUUACGACACUUGGUAUGAACUAUUACUUACCCAUUUAUCGUGAACUACUGCUGGGUCUGGGAAUGAGUUCAGCAUCAGCUAAAUCACUGACCCAUAUCCUAAGACAUUCAAAUGACCCGCACCAAAACUUGAAUCUAGAUGGACUUACCUCAAACGCUGCAGGACUAAUUGUUGGUGGAGUGCGAGAGCAGCGACUUACCGAUCAUGAUUCAUAUAAAUUCGUUCUGAAAACCCGUAAGGGAUUUGUGCGAAUUGCUUUGAAGACUGGAGCGUCACUCGUGCCGGCCAUCUCGUUCGGUGAAAACAACACAUUCGAACAAAAUAGUUGGAAAAUCUUGUCAUUUAGAGGUCGUGUUCCAAUUAAUACUGUCGUUGGAGCACCGAUUCAUGUGGAAGAAAAUAUCAGUCCGACUGAAGAAGAAGUCAGCGAAGUUCAUACACUUUUUUGUAAACAAAUCAGAGAAUUGUUUGAGGAACAUAAAAGCAAAUACGUCGAAAAUUCUGAACACGUGAUGUUGGAAUUUGUGUGAUUCAGAAUUCGUCUAAGGUAUUUUUGGCAUCAUAAUGAAAGCAUCUUGACAGGCAGAAAGAAUUCAAUUGUCUGCCAAGAUAGUCAAGUUGUUGUGAAGAGAAUUUGUUCUGGAAUGAUUCGAGGACGACGGAUUGUAAUUUUAUUUUAAAUAAAUCCAAAGGAA